AUGAGAGCAUAUGUGGUGAACAAGUGGGUCCAUCCGUCUGAGCUCAAGCUUGUCGACGACGCGCCAGAGCCAGAAGCCACAGGGGACGAAAUACUCGUGGAUGUGUUCUCGUCAGCUCUGAAUUUCUUCGAUAUAUUGCAAGUUCAAGGAAAAUAUCAAGUUAAACCUCCAUUUCCUUUCAUCCUUGGUGCGGAGUUCGCUGGCGAGGUUGCCCAAGGCUCCCCGAUCCCAGAAGGUUGUCCCUAUAAGCCUGGCGAUAGAGUAUUCGGCACUGCACAGGGAUGCUUUGCAGACAAAUUGGUUGUCAAAUGGCAAGCUGUGGUUCGGCUUCCGGACAACCUGACUUUUGAUCAGGGUGCAGGACUACACAUUACAUGGCCGACCAGCUAUGAGGCUCUGUUUGGUCGUGCACAGCUCAAGCCAGGCGAAUCUAUCCUCGUCCAUGCGGCUGCCGGCGGUGUAGGCAUUGUUGCUGUUCAAUUGGCCAAAGCACUGGGUGCCACAGUUAUUGCAGCAGCAGGAUCACAGUCUAAACUUGAUAUUUGUAAGACGUACGGGGGAGCUGAUUAUACGGUAAACUACUUGGAAAAGGACUGGCAGAAAGAAGUCUUGAGGAUCACGAGUGGUAAAGGCGUAGAUGUUGUCUAUGAUCCAGUCGGGCGAAUUGCUGAAUCACUAAAAUGCAUCGCCUUCAAAGGGAGAGCCGUCGUAAUUGGCUUCACCGGGGGCCAGAUCGAGAAGCUUCCGCUAAACAUAGUACUGCUCAAGAAUGUUACUAUCAUGGGCCUCCACUGGGGCCUAUAUACCCACAAGGAACCAUCUCGUAUUGCAAUAGUAUGGGAGGAACUGUUAAGGCUAUUCGCUUCUGGUCGCAUGAAACCUAUAUUAUAUGACAAGAUUUUCUCCCUAGACGAGGUCGUAGUAGGGUUGGAUGCACUAGAGAAACGGCGGACAUGGGGGAAGGCAAUUGUGCGCAUCAAGGAUGAGAAUCAGCGGAUCGUAGCAAAGCUUUAA